AUGAGCAACUGGCCCAUUUUCAUCACAGCCCCAGAGGCCCCAAUCAAGACAAUAAACAAAGCCCUUCUCCACCUAACAGACUACGAAUUCAACUGUCCUCCCCAAUGGACCCUACUACUCACCAGGGCCCCAACGGAACCAACAACACCCAGCAUCCCACCACUCCCCAUCGAAGAAACAGCCCCAACUGUCACCACCAAUGAAUUCGCCUUCAAAUCCCCUGAUGAGAUAUACACUUACCUCGACGAUCCAGUCACCCAAGGGCUAUUCAAGGAUAGGAAUCUAUCGACUUCGAAUUGGUUGAUCAUUGACCAGAAGGGUCUGGAGAUGGAGUCUUGUUUGUUGGUUGAGUAUAUGCUUCCUGAGGAUCGGGAGGAUGAGGAAGGGAAUGGAGAGGGAUAUCGGAUGUGUCGGAUUCCAUGGACGAGGGCGUGGGGUAUGUUUUGUAAUCUGGAUAUUGGGAAUAUGGGGUUUGAGGAAUGGGUGGAUGAGGAGAGGGGACCUGUGGAGGAGGAUUUUGGGGCGUGGGCUUGGGUGGGACCUUUUGAGGGGGAGGAUAUGGAGGAUAUGGAGGUGAAGAGGAAGAGGGAGGAGGCUGUUAGGAGGGGGGUUGAGGAGGGGUGGGCUUGA